AGAAACUUCGUCCACUCAAAACCCUAAAAAUAAAUAAAACAAAAAGAUAUGAGAAUGAGGGAAUAAGCGCAAAGUAAAGAAAUUAAAGACUCUUCAUGCUUGCUUUCCUCCACCCUCCUCCUCUUUAAUGCUUUUUUCCCCUUUCUUUCUCCUCUCUGGUAUUCCCUUGGCGUGAUUCUCCACCAUCUCCCUAAAGAGCCAUCAAACUUUAUAAAAGAAAAACAUAAAAGCAUUCGAACACCAUGGUUUUCUCCUCUAUUCCAGUCUUUGUAGAUCCUCCCAAUUGGCAGCAGCAACCAAACAAUCCUCAAGCAAAUGGCAGUGAUAACUCUCAGCUUCUUCCACCUUUGCCUCCACAGCAACCUCAUGUGGGAGGUUUUGUGGGUUCAAUUAGGCCAGGAUCUAUGACUAUGGCAGAUCGAGCUAGGUUAGCUAAGAUACCACCUCCUGAAGCAGCUCUUAAGUGUCCACGUUGUGAAUCCACCAACACCAAAUUUUGCUAUUUCAAUAACUAUAGCCUCUCUCAACCACGCCACUUCUGCAAGACUUGUAGGCGCUAUUGGACAAGAGAGGGUGCUCUAAGAAACGUUCCUGUGGGUGGAGGGUGCCGCAAGAACAAGAAGAACAAAAGGAGUCACUCUAAUAAAUCUCCUGCAUCAUCAGAGAAACAAACACUUUCCGGUUCCAGUCACGAGCUAAUAGGCCAGUUGCCUCAAUCUCCUAGCCUUCCCUUCAUGGCUUCCCUUCACAACCUGAACCGUUAUGCUGUUGGAAACAUGGGUCUAGGGAUGCCUGACAUUCAUGGACAGAACGAUCACACGGGGUUUCAAAUUGGUGAUGGUGCUGGUAAUUCUUCAACUGCUGGUGGAGGAAUCAAUCAGUGGCGCUUGCAGCAGGUUCCUUUCUUCAACGGUUUUGAAUCAACUUCGGUUGCUUCAUACCCAUUUCAAAAUGAAAGUAUUGAAGCAGUUUCUGGUUUGGUUGGAGAUAUGGCUACGAAUUCUAGGGUUUCUCAGAUGCCAUCAGUUAAAAUGGAAGAAACUGGAGCUAUGAAUUUGUCAAGAACACCACUGACUGCCUCAGAAAAUAACCAAUACUAUUCAUGGACUGAUAUUUCAGGUCUUGCCUCUUCUUCCGCUCGUCAUGUCUUGUAACUUUGACCAUGUAACAUGCAUAUGGUCAACAUUAGUAACCCCGUUACCUCAAUUGAACUUCUUUGCUUGAAUUGUUACUUCCUUUCAGUCUCACCACCGUCCUAGAUGGAUCAGAGAAAUUCGAUCUCAAACGAUUUGGUUGUUCCACUGAAUACCUUAUCUUGACUUCCAAGUUCCACUAUCAUCAUCGUUUGACAGAAAUUAACGUAGAUACAAAGAGUCUGUUUGGAUUCAAGUUAAAAGUGUGUUUGAGAGUUUUUUUAUUACAAAAAAAAAAAAACUAUUUAUUUUUAAUAAAAAAAAUUCUCAAAAAUACUUAUAAGCUUCUAUCCAAACUUGCUCAUAGUAGAAUUGAUAUCUUCUUAUUGUAAUUUCAAUUCCAGUCAUUGAUUUGUGUUUACGUUUUUUUUGUUUUUUUUUGUUUUAUUCAGUGAGUAUUUUAUGUACUAUAUAUGGGCUUGCUUUAAUUGUAUAACUGUGUGUGCAUGUAA